AUUUACCCAAGUUCCGAGACGCCUGACCUGGAAACACUGAAGAAGCAACAAAAACCCAAAAAUUCGUAGACACACUAUCAACAUAGCAUUUGCGAUUUUUCUGUAUCACUCUAACCUCCGCCGACCUCACUGAUCACAAUUCUGAAGAAUCGACUAUCAAAAGAGGAACAAUGGCGUGGUGCGCUUUGAAACCCUUCCAUGUCCCUAUGAUGAAGGUCGGCUCACUUUGUCCUCGGGCUCCUGUAGCCAUCGGCGGAUUCGGCUGCGCUUCAGUCGUCGGCACCACCCUCUGGAGCUGUUCUUCCAACCGCUCAUCUGUUCCACCUUUCGCUUCAUUAAGCACUGCCGCCACGUCUUCUAAAAAGGAAGCUGUGAAGACUGAGAAGGCUCCAGCAGCAUUGGGACCAUAUUCUCAAGCAAUCAAAGUCAACAACCUUUUAUUUGUUUCUGGUGUUCUAGGUCUUAUUCCGGAGAGUGGGAAGUUCAUCUCUGAUAAUGUUGAGGAUCAGACAGAACAGGUACUAAAGAAUAUGGGUGAAAUACUAAAAGCAAGUGGUGCUGACUAUUCAUUCGUUGUAAAAACAACAAUCAUGUUAGCUGACCUGAAAGAUUUCAAAAAAGUUAACGAGAUCUAUGCCAAAUACUUUCCUGCACCAUUUCCUGCUCGUUCAACAUACCAGGUGGCAGCAUUGCCAAUGGAUGCGAAGAUUGAAAUUGAAUGCAUUGCUGAACUUCCCUGAAACCUUGAACUCGGUUGUCAUUUAGGGACUUAGCUACCUUAAAAUGCUUAAGUUAAUAAAGUGGGAUGGGGAUGAGUGAAUAUGACAAUUGUGGUCUAUCAUUGUUUUCCCUUCCUCAAAUGUUGCUUUGUCUAGUGCAACACCAUUAGUGAAAUAGUGGUUUACUGGUGGACAUGAUAUAGAGGAAUUGGGAAUGGACAAAAAUUGAGGAUGUUAAAUUUUUAUUAAAACUUUGCUGUGGUGUUAUCAGCCUAUGCUAAUAGACUUUCUUAGUUCACCUGAA